GAGCGGAGUGUCUCAGAGGCUGCACUCCUUCCAGAGCCCAAGGACUUACAGCUUCCUUCGCUGGCUUCCUGUGCCAAAACCCCCCCCAAAAGUUGUGAUGCUUUUCUUUACUCAGUGCUUUGGAGCUGUGUUGGAUCUCAUUCACCUCCGGUUUCAGCACUAUAAAGCUAAAAGGGUUUUCUCCGCCGCUGGGCAACUUGUCUGUGUCGUCAACCCCACACACAACCUAAAGUAUGUGUCCAGUAGACGGGCCAUCACUCAGAGCACUGCAGAGCAAGGCGGCUUCCACCCUCACCAUCUUCCCCACCACCACUGCCACCACCACCACCACCACCACCUGCGCCACCACGCCCACCCCCACCUCCUCCACCACCAGGAGGCAGGGCUGCGUGCCGCCCAGGUGACGCCCUGCAUGUGCCCCUUGUUCUCCUGCCAGUGGGAAGGCCACUUGGAGGUGGUAGUGCCCCACCUGCGGCAGAUCCACAGGGUCGACAUCCUCCAGGGAGCAGAGAUUGUCUUCCUCGCUACGGACAUGCACUUGCCUGCGCCGGCCGACUGGAUCAUCAUGCACUCCUGCCUCGGCCACCACUUUCUUCUGGUGCUUAGGAAGCAGGAAAGGCAUGAAGGGCACCCUCAGUUCUUUGCCACCAUGAUGCUGAUCGGGACCCCCACCCAGGCAGGCUGCUUCACCUAUCGUCUGGAGCUCAAUAGAAACCAUCGUCGUCUCAAAUGGGAGGCCACCCCAAGAUCUGUCCUUGAGUGUGUGGACUCCAUCAUCACUGACGGGGAUUGCCUCGUCCUCAACACCUCACUGGCCCAGCUCUUCUCUGACAAUGGCAGCCUCGCCAUAGGAAUUGCCAUCACUGCAACAGAGGUCCACUCCACAGAAGCUGAGAUAUGAGGCCAGGAGCCACUGGAUGUUCACACAGCCACCAAGAGACUCUGGCAGAGUGCCUUGGGCCUCUGGAUGUCAGGACACCAGACUCCUUUUUAUUCUCCUUUCUCUCUUCAUAUAUAAUUUUUGUCUCAGGUACUUUGGUGUAUUUAGUAUAUGUCUGCCAUGGGCAUUAUAUUAUGUAAACAUCCUGUGAUUCAAGAUCUGCUGUGAUGUCUCUUCUGUUUUGUUGGUAUAGUUUGGUAGAAUGUUUCUAAGAUUUAUCAGAAUAGUUAUUUCCCACCACUCCCUAAUUCCUUUCUCCGUUGCUUCCCAAGGAACAAAAGCUGCCAUGACCAUAAGCAGACUUGGGGGUUGAAAGGAGAUUUAGAAACCAAAUAGUUUCUUCCUUCUCUUUCCCAUCAAUUUAAGAGAGAGCUAAAUCAGCCCUGUGUGAAGGCAGUAGUUUGGGGGAGGAUAGCUGGCCAGCUUCAUAACAGAUCAUGUUUCAGAACAGCCAGGCACACCUGACACCUUCCCAGGGGCCUCAGGGUUAAAGCCAAGCUACAGGGACACAAGGGGACAGUAUCACCUCCACAGACAGUGGACAACAGCCAUCAGGGAUGGGGAGCAGUCAGACACUGAACCCUCUUUUGUCAGGCUUGGGUGGCCUUGUUUCCAGCCCAGACCACCCCAUUUUAUUCUGGAAUCAAAGUCCUCAAGUUCCUGGUGCUUUUUUGAAAAUCCCUUUGCUCUCUUGCAGCAAGUGAUAGAAAAAAGUGGGCAAGAUGUAGGGGAAGAGAAGCAGCAGGAAAAAAACAAAUAAAUUUGACCUCAACUUGAGGUCACUCCUUCCUCAAAGAGUUUCAUUAUUGAGCUAUAAAAUCCACCUGUCCACCCACCAGAGUCAUGCCCUCUUAUACCAGACAAAGGACUUACUUCAUUGUUGAUACUUCUUAGAGCAGGACCACGACUGGGCAUUGAAUACCAAGAACAUAUGGGAUCACACUCAGGACCCUGGACAGGGAGGGCUGGGCCCAACAUUCACACUCAGGGACCUCCCUUUCCCUUCUUUUCUUUCUGAGAUGUUCUGUGGCCCAUUCGGCACAUAAGCAUCAUACCCAUGUGCAACACUUCUCUCUCCUGGGCCGAGUCGUCCUUUGGCCACUCCAUUUUCUCCCCUCAACCCGAUUGGCCAGGUCACAGAAGACCUCCAAGUGAGUGCUUAGUUUCCAGCAGAUCCCCCUAGAUGGCUGUGAGGAAUCUUUUCUCUACUUUAAAUAAUUUUUUGUGAAACACAAUACUCUUCCCCCAACAACUAGGUAAUUCUGCAGCCGCUUCUCCUGUCAACUCACACCAAAGCACCAGAAAGAAGGUCCCAAUGGAUAAAAGUUUUGACAACACAGUCCCUUUGAUUCACCCAGUAAUUACUGGGAGCUUGAGGCUGAGACUUUAUUCUGUCAGACCCCUGUGGGAGAAGAACAAAGGCUCUGCAGUCUCAAGACAAGGAUUGUAACCUGCUUGUUCUCCGAGCUCAGACAUGCUACCACAGUGUACCAGCUACCCACCUCCAACCUUAGCGGUGACCCAGGAGCCACCUGGGGGUGACUGGCCAGUGCUUGGAAAGACCUUCUACUUGGCUCCUUGCUUAAUCCCUAGGCCUUUUCCUGCAAACCAAGACCCACUCAGCUAUAAGCCUGGUAACUCUAGAAGCCACAGUUCCUCUCCUGUCUUCUGAUGCUCAAUCAUUUUGAAAACAAUUGUAUAGUAUCACAGUGAACCAGAUAAACAAAACCUCAAGAAGAAUAUAAUUACAUUCUCAGGUCCUCAGGGCUCCUGUAGACAUUGCCUUUGCCUUCUUGUGCCAAGUGACCCGAGCUAACCUGGGAAUAACUGGAGGUUAUACUGCACUCAAGGUCAUAUUCUGAAUAAGCAAUCCCAGAUAGGACCUUGACAUCUGUGAAAUAAGGAUGAAAAAGUAUGUUUUCUCCUAUCUGUGGUGGUACUCCCAAGGAAAUCUUUCUCUCCACAUGUACAUGUGAGGGAUUAAAGAGAAAAAUUAAACUCACAACUAUGAAUAAGGAAUAGAAAAUGGUAACAAAAGAGUGUGUGUGAGCUUUAUGACUCCUAAAGGGCUCUCUAAUUUGAGCCCCAGGUUAAUCCUUAUCAGUUUCUUCAAUAUACUAAAAAAACAAAACAGGUUCACAGACAUGGCAUGACCUUCUUGAGGUCACACAUCAAAAGGUUGGACCAUAAGUAGAAUUCAAUCAGCCAAUUACAAACUUGGUCUUCUCAAAAUAAGAAGACUAACCAAAAUAUUCACAGUCCACAGUCCACCUCAUUAGUGAACUGUGGAGCUGAGAAUCAACUGUAUGUUCACCUUGGGAUGGUUGGGAAACAGGGAGAAAAAGACAGGUAGGUUUGCUUUUAGAGGCAUCUGGUCAACCUGGAGUAGCUAGGGCCCAGGGAGAGAUGAAGGACAACCACGUGGAGCAAUCUGUCCAUAUGUCUUUUCUCUCUCUUCAUCCACUUCUAGGCUUUUCAUUCUUAGAUUCCCCAGAACUCCUCACAGAUCCCUGGGAUCUGAUCAGCCUCAUACAUUGUUCAGCCAAGGUGCUACACUUAAUGACAACCUCUAAGGAAUAUUUGCAUUUUAAAAGAAGGCCUGGAGAGACAGCAGCACUCACCAGUGAGAAAUGAGUUGCCCAUAUUUGAACUUCAGCCUCAUGAGAACAGUUUUUUUAGAGGCUGAAUCAAGAGGGCCAUGCCUUCCCCUUGAAUCUGAACCCACAUGAAUGGUUGAUAGUAAGUGAGGGUGAGAUUGUACAAUGAAGAUUGUCUUUAACAAUCUGUAUCCACAUGAAUUUGUACCUGGGACAGACCUCAUUCCCUACCUGCAGUUAUUGCAGACAUUUAGAAAUGGAUCAGGGCAAUAAUCACAAUAGUGCUCAUGACUGCCAUUGACUGAGAGUUUAUUAUAUGAGCCAGUGAGCUAACUGCCUUGAAUAUGUUAUUUUGUGUUAUCCCCAUCAAAAACGUAUGCAUUUGAUACUAUUUAUUGUACCCAUAUUAUAGAUGAGAAACCAGCCAAGAGGGGUUAGGUAAUUUGGUUAAAAUCACUCAAUUAGCAAAUAGAAUAACUAGUUCCAAAUUCCAGGGUUCUGACCAAUAUCAAUCAUGUUAUUUCUAUAAAUUUAUGGACCUGAGGCUCUGCAGAACUCAGACAUAGAGUCUGAAUGGCAUAAAAGCCUCUGUUUUAGUACUAAAUGUACCCUUUUGUUUCUCUUUUUUCCGUUUUAUUCCAGUCCAA